AUGUCUACGGAGGUAUUACGCCCGCAGGAUUGUUUGGUAGAUCGGAUCUGUCUACAACCGAAGUCUUUUCAUAAUCGUCGGAAAGGAAAUGGAAACGGAAACACCACCAACACUAAGUGUUCAUCUGCUUCUGUCCGGAAAUCAGCGGUCCGGUUUGAGAAGAAGGUGGAAAACGGAAGAUCUGAGACGGGUUUGACGAAGAAAACGCCGAUUCGCGAUAACGUGAAGAAGAAUCGGAAUAACAACAACAGCAGCAACAAAAACGGUCUGAUUAAUGGGCAGGUGAUGAUUCUGAAGAGAGGUGAGAACUUGGAUACGAAAAUUAAGGCUGGAUCUAGAAACCUAGUUGUAUCUGGAACUGAAAGGAUUGGACCAGAUCCAGAUCUGUUUUCCAAACAGUUUAAAAUUGUGGAUCUGAGAUCUGUUUCUGUUUCUGUUUCGUCUCCUGUUGUGUCCAAACGUGUUGAUACAUAUGCAGGAUCGGCUGUAUCGAUAUCUCCAUCGCCGAAUUCACUCCCUUUGCCAUCGUUUUUCAGUAAGAAACAAGUUUCGAAGAUUUUUGAAGACUCUGCUACGAGAGAUCUAUGCCGGCUACUCCGGCUGGAAUGA